GCCUUUUUUUUGUUCUAUUUAAAUUUUAUGAAAAAUAAAAAUGAAUUCAACAUCAAAAUAUGCUAAUCUACCAUUCAUUGCAUCCGGUGAACGUGAUGUUUAUGAAACGGAUGAUCUUCCUGAAUCUGAUCGGAUUAUUCAACAACAACAACAACAGCCUGAUUCAUCGAUCGAAAUAAUACCAUCAAAUAGUGUUGAUGCAUUCAAUAAAUUUGCUGUUGCUGAUUCAAUACAGAAAUCAUCAUCAUUGGAAUCAAAAGAAUCAAAUGUUUCAUUAGUGGAAAAAUAUAAACAGAUUCAAUUGGAAAUUGAAAAUCUUCAACAUUCGAUUCAAUCGAAUGAACAAUCCACAGCCGAUGAUUCUUCAUUCAUGCCUAAAGAUAUUGAAAAUUUAUUCACACAAUUGGCUAAUUUACAUGAUGUUUGUUUCAAAAAAUUGGACACAUCACAAUUGAUUAAAGAUGUUCGCCGUGAACAGCAGCAACCAGAUGAUCAACCAAUCGUAUAUGAAUUAUAUCGAAAACCAGAUAAAGAAGAUAUUGUUGAAUUGGCCAGAAUGAAUGCGCUGGAACAACGGUUGAAAAAAAUUGAAUCAACCAUUGGUUUGAAUGAAAUCAUCAAAGAUUCAUCAUCAUCACAUCCAUUGUUGAAUAAUUAUCUUAAAGAUCAAUCAAUAAUGGAUAUUGUGAUCAAUUUGAGCAAUAAAAUCGUACAACUUGAUUAUCAAUCAUUGGAUCGUUUAGAUGCCCGUUUACAAUUGAUUGUGGAUAGAUUACAACAAAUUAAUGAAAAAAAAUCCACACUAACUGAAUUGGAUAAAGAAGAUAGAUUGAAUGAACUAUAUAAUUGUUAUGUAAAAAUUAAUGAAAAUCGUCCAUUAUUACCAAACAUAUUGGAACGUCUUCAAGUGUUGAAUGAUCUCCAGGAUCAAGCGUCCAGAUUCGCCAAUACAAUGACGGCAAUGGAAACAAUGCAAAAUGAAAUUAAAACAUCGUUGGAUCAUAAUAAUCAAAACAUUAAAAAUCUUACGGAAAUGUUCGGCAAAUUAUCCACUAUACAAAAUGUUGUGGAUGAUUUUCAAAAUCGUUUGGAUAAAAUUACAACAAAAACAAAAAAUUAAUUAAGACACCUGAUUGAAUUAUUGGAGAAUUCUUUUUUUUUAUUUAUAAUUAAUUAAUAAAAUUUUUCACUUUUUUCUGUGUA